AUGCUGGAUCGACGCGACAAUAUUGAGUCUCGUCACAUGAAUACAUGUCAAUGGAUUUUGGAACUGAAGGAGUAUCACUCGUGGAGGAACCAGCGCUGUGGUUUGCUUUGGAUUAAAGGCAAGCCAGGCGCGGGCAAAUCAAUCUUGAUGCUUUUCCUACAUAAACGACUUAAAGAAUCCCAGGAUGGCAACCUACAGGACGGUAGCCAGGGCAAUAUUCGGCUCGACUUCUUCUUUACCGCCCGGGGUGUGGAAAUGCAACGAACACCACUAGGCAUGUUUAGAUCGUUGUUAAACCAGCUCUUCGAUCAUGACAUAACUAUACGCCCACAGGUCCGUGAGUUCUAUGAUCAACGAUGUAGGCAGUUUGGUUACGGUGAACGUACAUGGGAAUGGCCACAGGCGGUGCUGGAAGAGUUACUAGCGAGUGCCAUCCUGGCGUCGGCUAGCAAACAACCUGUGACUAUUCUUGUGGAUGCUCUAGAUGAGGCUGGGGCUGAGUCCGCUCAAUAUCUCGCAGCAUAUUUCCAUCGGCUUAUUGAUUGUGCAAAAAAGAAGAACUUGAAGCUGGCCCUUCAAGUCUGUAUCUCAUGCCGACACUAUCCUAUCGUGGAAAGUACUCAAGCUAUAGAGAUACAUGUCGAAGCCCAUAACCAGAACGACAUCACCACAUACACCAAAGAUCUGCUCAUUGACACGGAUCCCAUUAUGGAAGACAGUCAUGGCCAAGCGAUAGGAGAGAUGCUGGUAGAGGAACUAACCCAGUAUGCCAACGGGGUUUUCCAAUGGGUCCGUCUCACAAUACCUCUUAUCAAACAGAGAGUUCUUGAAGGGGAGUCGAUUGACGAUAUUCGUUCUUGGUUGCGCGAAGUUCCAGCUGGCCUAGAAGAUGUCUACGUUUAUAUCCUGCAUAACGUCAUCGCAGCUAGGAAUCGGGAUCAGUCAUUGCUGUUCUUUCAAUGGAAUGCCCAAAUUUCACCUUCUCGGAGAUGGGAGGAGAUCCACGGCUUUGUCGAAAGCAAUGGACGUAUGAAACGAAUAAUCAAGGCUCUUACUGGUGGACUGACUGAAGUAGUUUCAGGUUCGUAUGUUGAUGAUGAUGAUGAUGAUAAGGAGGACUUUGAGACUAUACAGGUAGUCCACCAGUCGGUCAAUGAUUUCUUGCGUGCUAAAGGACUGGCCCUUUUAUACAGUAUCAGCGCAAGCACAGCAUCCAUUGAUAGGGAUACCAUUCUCUUUCAUUGCCAGGCAACUCUUUACCGAUCAUGUCUACUAUAUCUUGCCACCAUAACAAAGGAGAUCAGUGGUCUUCAGGGACCACUGGAAGCUAUAAACCUUGUCCAGAAUCACCCAUUUCUAUCCUAUACGACUAUCAGACUCUUUGUUCAUGCGGAGAAGGCUGCUGGCGCUGAUUCGCUACAGAAUGAAAAAGAAAUUCUUGAGCAAAUUAUCGAUGGAUGGGUUUCGAUCUACCUAUGUCUCAAUCAGAAUAGCACAGCAUGUCCACCUAGAGGCACAAAUGUUCUACAUAUGGCUGCGACUGCCAAUAUGGUUGAUGUCAUCAAAUCUGUGUUAUCAGGUGGCGAGAAUAUCGAGAGGAAGGACGAAAUUGGAAAUACAGCGUUAUAUUCCGCAGCAAAAGCGGGACACAUCAUAGCCGGCAAAUUACUACAGGAAAGAGGAGCAAACCUCGAAGCAGAAAAUGGCUGUGGGGCAACACCUUUAAUGGAGGCGGCCAGAUGUGGACGUCUGAUGUUUGUGGAAUGGAUCCUGGACGAGGGUGUCGAGCUUGAGACAAACUUAGGUGGAGGAGUGCUACAAGCAGCUUCACUGACUGGCCAUCAUGCCAUCAUGGAAAUCUUGCUUGGAGUCGGAGCGGAUAUCAAUGCCAAGGGUGGUAAAUAUGGCACUGCCCCCGCUGCUGCAUCGGAUAAUGAAACGAUUGAGACAGUACUGCUUCUGCUGAACGCCGGGGCCGAUGUCAAUGCCCAGGGUGGUGAAUAUGGCAAUGCCUUGCAGGCCGCUGUAUCCUUGGAAAAAGGGGCUGCAACAGCAAAGCUCCUACUAGAUGCUGGGACUGACGUUAACGCGAAGAGUGGUAAAUAUGGAAAUGCCCUACACACCGCUGUUAUAUCAUUUGAUGAAAGUUUCGAGAUGGUAAAGCUCCUGCUAGACGCUGGGGCCGAUGUCAAUGCCCAUGGUGGUGAAUAUGGCAAUGCCCUACAGGCUGCUAUUGCAAACCAUGGACAUACUGAGAUUGCAAAGCUCCUGCUAGAUGCUGGGGCCGAUGUCAAUGCCCAGGGUGGCUACUACGGCAAUGCCCUAAAGGCCGCUAUUGCAAACGGGCAUGGAUACGAGCAGUGUUGA